CCGCGAAGUAGGCGCCCAAAGCCGGGCUCCCGUAAGGGGGCGGAGGAGACUCGGAGGUGGGAGAACGGGUGGCAAGCCUUGUCCGCCAGCUGCUCUCCGCGCCUAGCGCGCACAGCCACCGGGCGCCGGCGCCUCCAGCAUGGAGUGGGAGCUCAACUUUCUGCUCUACCUGGCACUCUUUUUCUUUCUGCUCUUCUUACUUUUCCUCCUGCUCUUCGUGGUCAUCAAGCAGCUGAAGAACUCUGUGGCCAGCACAGCCGGGGCGCUGCAGCCCGGGCGUCUCUCAGUGCACCGGGAGCCUUGGGGCUUCUCCCGAGAGCAAGCGGUGUGACCCGUAAGGCGCGGGCACUAGCAGGAAGGCACGGAGCUGCGCGGGCGCCAAGCAGGGUCUCAGCAUCGACUGUCUGUCCGCGUGGCCACCCAGGUUCCAGUGCGAGGCUCGGUGGUAGCGCUGACAGAUGCUUCUGCCUCAGUUUAUGUCGUCUCGAGUUCUGGAGUCAAGCUGCUGCUCGGGGUUGGUGUGCUGAGGACCGCAACUGCAGUUCCAGCUGGUAAUGGGAAACCCUUCACAGAGGGGACCUGAACAACCUGAGAUGGACGUUUUCUUCCAAUGCAGUGCCACUGGAGUCCAGAGGUGUGAACCAGCCCUGACUCUUGUAGAGAGGAGACUUUGGAGAACUCAGGGUCCCAAGAUGGUUGCUGCAGCUCCCCCAAGAAGAUGAAGGAAGCUGAAAGAGAAAACGGGGCACACCAUUUUGAGUCAGCUUCCUUUUAAAGAGCUUUCUCAGCAGCCCAGCAACUUUUACUUACAUCUCAUUGGCCAGACUGUGUCAUAUCUGCAAGGUUGCAUGAGAAAUGUAGUUUCUGUAGCUGGACAUAUUAACAGCUUUCAACAAAAAAAUCCGAGGAAAUCGAAGGAAAACAAUGAUGGUGGAUCUUUGGGAAACAAAGUAGCAGUCUGUGCUCUGGCUACAAAAUACAGCUGUAAGGGAGCAUAAUGUUCAAAUAGAUCAAAACUGCAACUCCUUCACAGCUAACAAUACUCCAAGCAACACUGCUCUGCUCAGACAGUAGUUUGAAGAGUGAAGACGUGCUAGUUUUUUUUCAUGAAACACCUGCCAGGACUGGCUUUUGCAAUCAACCAAUGGCUUGGCUGGCGUCAGGAUUUUCUAGAGGACCCUGGGAACCUGUCCGCUUCCUUAGUGGACAUAAUCUAUGGAGGUUUGGAAUGGGAUAAAGAAUGUUCUACCUUGCUGCUUUCCCAUCUGCUUCAUGUAUCUCUAAUUUUCCUUACAGAUUUUUGGUGGAGUCUAGUUUUUGUUUGAUCCUCAGAAAAGGAUCAUCUCUUUCAUAUAUAGGAGAAGGUAAUCUAUGUAAAGAAAGGCUACUUUACUCCCUUCUGUGACUCCACCACCAAUCUAGGAAUAUCCUGAGAGAAGACUUACUUCUCAAAGCUGCUUCCGUAAUCAGCCUACAUCCUGCCUAAGCAAAGGGAGAAGAAACACUUCCCACAUCCAAGGCUGUCCAAAAAAACUUUCUGUGAUGACAGAAAUGUUCUAUAUUUGCACUGUCCAUUAUGGUAGCCAUUAGCCAUGUGUAACUGGUGAACACUCGAAAUGUGGCUAGUGUGACUGAGGAAGUAAAUUUUAAUUUUAUUUAAUUUUAAAUAAUUAAAAUGUAAAUAGCCAUAUGUGGCUAGUGGCUGUUGUAUUGUCAGCUCCACUAUUCAACUUUCUUUUUUUCUUGUGUUUUACAACCACCUGGGAGGGGUUUGGGCCAGUCAUGUGUUUGGUGUUCCAUGGUCUUCACUAUCCUACCUUGCCGUUGAACUUGUCUCCCAGAGGAAAGGAAAAAUAGUAUCUUGGAACUAAAUUCAAGAUGUUAACUUGACAUCUACACAUUGCACAUAUUUCUGUAUAAAUGCAAUGAUCUCCUAGGAAUAGGUCCUGUGAUUGAUUUUUGUGAUAAUUGGUGAUGGAAAAAUGGUGGUGCUGGUCCAUUUAACAUUUCUAGUGAACAUUAUGUGUUCCUAGUCAGAGUGAGUCAGCAGGAAUUAUUUUUUUCUGUUGUGCUUCAUUCUGGUUUACUUUAUUUUUGUAAUAUUGUGGCUGCUAAAUGAUUAUUCCUUGUGUGUUUUUCAAACUACUUAGUGGUUUAUAUUUUUAAAAAG